UGGAAGUGCAACUUUACAAAAACAACGAGAUCAGCAGAUGACAGCAGUAGACAAAAGUAAACAAUGUCAACCUACAUUUAAUUUGAAUGCAUGUAAAUAUUCGAAUUUCGAGCUUCAAGAAGGACAAAUUUCUGUUUGAAUGUGAAUGAUCCAGAAUCUUCAAACGAUUUUAAAUACCUAUCGCUUGGAAGAAAAAAACAACGAUAAGGAUCUAUCAGUGGUAUUAUUCUAAGGGCCCCUGUUAUAGGAAAUAGCAUCGGUUUCCGCCGAGUUCAAAAUUUCCUGCUACUUCACGAUGAGCGCAAAUGUAAAAUACGAACAGCACGCAGAUACGAAUUUAUCAGAACUUUUAAAUCCACCACCCGAUAUGGCACUUGACGAGGCCCAGUUGCUACAAUCCGAUUUUGAUGCGGAACACCCGGAGCCAAUAGUACCAACAUGGAGCCACGGAGAUGCUUUAAUGUCAGAGGAUCUAUUGAAUCAGCAAACGGGUAUCAAAGUCACGCGUAAAGGCAAAGCAUCGUACCACUGCGAACUUUGUGACAAAUCAUUCCGGAAAAGCAGCUGUUUUUGGGACCACCAGCUAAUCCAUGCAGGCGAGUAUCCAUACAAGUGCGAAAUAUGUGACAAAGGAUUCCUACGCGGGCGGGAUGCCAUGUUGCACAAACGCUCCCAUACAGGAGAAAAACCACACAAGUGUGACAUCUGCGGAAAAAGCUUUUCCAAGAUUUGCAAUCUAAAUACUCACAAACGUGUCCACACUGGAGCAAAGCCUUUCAAGUGUGGCAUCUGUGGUAAAUCUUUUAGCCAGAGUGGCACCCUCUCUAUUCACGAGCGAACGCACACCGGAGAACGGCCAUUCGAAUGUAUGAUUUGCGGCAAAGAUUUCAUCAGUGGCAACAAUUUGAGGGCUCAUCUAAAUACCCAUACCGAUGAAGAAUUGUACAGUAACGACAUUUACCACGAGAAAUCGUUUGUCAAUAGAAUACUGAACAAGAGGAAGGAGCCAGUUUGCACGGAAAAGCUCUACCACUGCGAUAUUUGUAGCAAAAACUUUCUUCGACCUGUUCAGCUGGCCAGUCAUAUGCGUACGCAUACCGGCGAUCGGCCCUAUCAGUGCCCUUUCUGCGAGAAGAAAUUUUCCGAUGCCAGCGGUCUGUCAAAACAUAGGCGCAUUCACACCGGCGAACGACCGUACGUGUGCGGCGAUUGUGCCUAUGCAUUCACCACCAGUACCAAUCUGGCGACCCACAUACGCCGGGCUCAUCCUGGUCGAAGUGCAGUCCAAAAUUCAAUACCGGCAUCGGCUCCGAAAAAGCCCUCCAACCAAAGCGGUCAGCCAGAGGAACGAAUUGAACCGCAGAAUAUAUUGGAGAUAAACUUGACGCACGACAUUUGAAAGUUCCGGCGAUUGUAAAAUGAUAAAUAAAAAUUAUAAAAUUAA